AUGAGGUCGUCGAAGGAGGAAGCAUCGACCAGCACUGAGCAAUUAAAUCAUCUAGCAAGAAGAGCCGACGAAGCUCUUGACUUGAUUGCUGCUGUAAAAGGACUACAUGGGCUUACCUCUCAGCAGCUCAGCAAGCUAAUUAGGGAUUCUGGAAACAGUAUCCUUCAGCACAUUACUGAAGACGGAUCACUUGUACAGAUUGAUGUGGAAAAAUUUGCAAGAAAUCUUCCUGCGCACCUUAUUUCUGUGGUUAUGGCAUGGGAAAGGGAAAAGUCCACAUUCAAAUACUUGUUAUGUGGGAUCCUCCUGUUGCAUUCUAUGUGCGAUCUUGCGUCUCGGGUGCCUAAAAUUGAGCAGAUAUUGCUUGAUGAUGUGAAAGUAUCAGAACAACUGAUUGACCUGGUUUUUUAUUUGCUAAUUGUCCUUGCUUCUGACAGACAGGAACAUCAGGUUCCCAAUGAUAUGAUACUCUUGCACUCAGCCCUGGUUGCAUGCAGUCUGAAAUUGUUGACUGUGAUAAUUUCUCCACAAUGGCAAGAGGUUGCUCAAGUUUUGACUGCGUAUUACAAGAUUGACGUAUUUAUGGAAGCAGCAUUUACUGCAGUUUGUAAAGAUAUUAAGUUUCUCCAGACCAAGUUGUCUGCUGAAAGUGCUGAGUCCUCUGGAAACAUUUCUCCUACCAAUGAAGAAACAUUGAAUCAUCUUUGCCAACAGUGUGAAUCUUCUCUGAAGUUUUUACACUCUUUGUGUCAACAGAAGUUGCUCCGGGAGCGCAUUGUUAAGAAUAAGGAGUUGUGUGGCAAAGGAGGUAUCCUGUUGCUGGCUCAAGCUGUCAUGAACUUAAAGAUAUCACCAUUCUAUAGUGAAGCCUCCCCUUAUAUGGCUACUGUCUCUGGCCUGAAGUCUAAAGCUAUAUCUAUUCUGUUGCACCUUUGUGAAGCAGAAAGUGUUUCCUACCUGGAUGAGGUUGCCAGCAAUCCUGGAAGUCAGGACAUGGCAAAGUCUAUUGCACUACAGGUUCUUGAGCUAUUGAAGAAAAUGUUUGGUAUACAUUCCAAACAAUUAACUGUUUCAAGUGAGAAAACCUAUCCAAAAGGUCAAUUGGAACUGAAUGCGAUGCGCCUGACAGACAUCUUCUCUGAUGAUUCAAAUUUUCGGUCUUUCAUAAUGAUUAACUUUACUGAAGCUUUGGCAUCAAUCUUUUUACUCUCGCAUGGAGAGUUUUUGUCUGGUUGGUGUUCAUCUGAUCUUCCCGUUUAUGAAGAUGAUACAACUCUGGAAAUACCUCGAGCAUCCUUUGCACACCAGAGAACAUCGUUAUUGAUUAAAGUAAUAGCAAACCUUCAUUGCUAUGUUCCUAAUGUGUGUCAAGAUGAGAAGGAUCUCUUUCUCCACAAAUUUGUUCGGUGCUUAAAGAAGGAACCUCAGAAAAUAUCAGAUGCAUCAUCAUCAAUUCUUGAUGCUGAAAAAGCAAUGACUGUUACCAAGAAUUUAUGUUCACUUUUGAGUCAUGCUGAGUCCUUGAUUCCUGGAUUUUUAAACGAGGAUGAUGUGCAGCUACUAAGGUUGUUCAUAAGUCAAUUUGAUUCUUUAUUUGCUCCUGGUGCAUCUGAAGAUAAUCACAUUCAAGAAGUUCAAAAUACAGGGGUAUACCCUUUGCCAUUGCUGACAAAAAUUGCUUCAGAUCAUGACAAUAGAAACAUUAAAGUCAAAGAGAACAUAUUGGAGAAUGAUGCUUUUCAAGAAAUGGGUCGAUUGGAGGUCAAAAUUAAUGGGAAUGAUGAAUCAAUUGAUGUGGAAAGAAAAUCUGGGAGGACUGAACAUGGUAAACCCACUGGAGGUGCCACUGAAAUUGAGAGGGAUACUCAAAAUUUUGAAACAAGUGGAUCAGAUUCAAGUUGCACACGAGGUAAGAACUCUGUGGAUCGGAUGGAUGUUGAUCACAUCAAAGAGAGUGGUUUUGUAGAAAGCCAGGAGGAUGAAAAGGUUGAAACCAUGCAUUCUGACGAGAAGCAGCAAAGGAAACGCAAGCGAACUGUCAUGAAUGAUAAACAGAUAGCACUUAUCGAGAAUGCACUUGUAGACGAACCUGACAUGCAUCGUAAUUCAACUGCCUUACGAUUCUGGGCUGAUAAAUUAACUCUUCAUGGUGCUGAGGUUACGAUUUCUAGGCUAAAAAAUUGGCUCAAUAACCGAAAAGCCAAACUAGCCCGUGCUGCCAAAGAUGGUCGAGUGACAUCUGAAGGCGACAAUCUUGACAGACAAGGCGGGCCUGGAGUCACUCUUCAUUUUGACUCACCCCAUUGUCGUCCUAUGGAAGAUGUCUACUUCCCAUCUGCUACAAAAGGGAGUCGAGAAAUUGAAAUUACAGAUACUGUGUCAAGAUCCAGUAUUAACAAAAACUUUAGUGCUUCAAUUUCACCUAUAGAUCUUACUCAAUCAGAUUUUGUUCACUUUGAGUCGGGGCAGUAUGUAAUGCUUGUAGGCGAGAAAGCAGAAGAGGUUGGAAAGGGCAAGGUAUUUCAGGUCCAAGGCAAAUGGUAUGGGAAAAACUUGGAGGGAUCGGGUACGUGUGUAGUGGACAUCAUUGAGCUUAUAGUUGAUAGAUUUUCCAAGAAAGAUCUGAUUGAAGCUGCUGCCACAGGGACGAGGUGGUUUGACGCCAUGUAG